GUCGAAACGACUGCAGUGACGGUGCUGUGUGUGGACGGCGGCAGGUCAUCGUCAUUGUCUUGCCAUUGUUGUUUGGGCUGGUGCCUUUUGCCAGUGAGCGUUGUUGCCAAAGCGAAGACUGCCUGUGCCAAAAUCCGAAUUUCUUGGUGAGCGUUGUUGCGUUCAACAGCAUAGACGGGUGGCCAUCAGCAGAGCCUACGCUACCUUUUUGUGUCGAGUGUGUGUUUCCAAGAUCACGGACCCGACAGCAGCACCAGACGAGUCUGUGACUUGGCGGUUGCUUCCCUCUCAAGUAGCAGCAUCGGCAUUUGGUUGGACCCAGUCGAGUGAUAGCAGCACGAUGGGUUGGCAUACUACGAUGCGACGGGCCAAGGCCAAGCAUCGACCAGAACUGGAAGAUUGGGAAGACGAUGGAUUGUUUGAGAUCUUUCCGGCAUUUGUGAAUUCGCUCUCGGAAGACUAUGAAGUAUUCAUUCCGUCGCAACAAGAUGACGAGGAGAAUGGGGAUGGCAGCAGCAGCAACAUCAACACCAUCAACAGCAACGCUCGUAUUUGCGAAGAAAUCCCUGCCAUGGUCGACGCCAAGACAGUGACACCCCAACAAUUUGCCAGCGAGUACGAAGCCAAGAAAAUUCCAGCCGUGAUUCGAAACAUCCCUGCUGGUCACGAUGGAGGCAAGGAGAUUCCUCAAUGGAGAGCGCUGCGAGAUUGGGGCUUUUUUGCCUUGGAGAAUGACCCAGAAUUACGAGAACGAGCCUUCAAAUGCGGAGAAGACGACGAUGGAAAUAGCAUUAAAGUCAAACUGAAGCAUUUCCUCCGAUAUUUGCAAAACAAUCACGACGAUUCUCCUCUGUACAUUUUCGAUUCCGCAUUUGAAGACGACAAGAUUGCCAAGAAAAUUCUGAGAGAUUACAAAGUCCCAUCGUACUUCAAGGAGGAUCUCUUUCGACUCUGCAGUGAACGGCGUCGUCCUCCUUAUCGUUGGUUCCUGGUCGGGCCUGAGCGAUCCGGGACAUCGGUUCACAUUGAUCCUCUCGACACCAGCGCGUGGAACACGCUAAUCCACGGACAGAAACGAUGGGUCCUCUUUCCACCACACGUACCAAAGUCGGUCGUCAAAGGUAGGGAUCUCGUCCGUGAUGACGAAGACGAUGAACCAGUACACUAUUUCAUGUACAUUCUACCGCGCAUCAAGCGCAAGGCUGCCGCGGCGUGCUUUUGCAAUGCAGUUCUACCGGAAGGGAGCGACUACAAAGACUUUGCCUGCUACGAGUUUACCCAGGGUCCAGGAGAGACCGUCUUUAUCCCCAAUGGAUGGUGGCACGCCGUACUCAACUUGACACACACGGUUGGAAUCACCCAGAACUUUUGCUCCUCCCGCAACUUUGACGAAGUAUGGCUCAAGACACGGGUCGGACGAAAGCGAUUGGCGUGGAAGUGGUUGUGUCAACUCGAAAUUCGAUAUCCUCAUCUCGCCAAUCGAGCCAAAGCCAUGAAUGCCCGCGAUAAGUUUGUCAUGAAGUACGAUCCGUACGUACAGGAAAUGAUGAGGAACAAGGAGGCCGCCGAGGAGGAUGGGCGGGAACAAAAGCGACACAAGCGAGAAGAAGGAGAAGGCAAGGAUGAUUCCGAUGACAAGAGUAGUUGCAGUGAAGGAGGAGACCACGAUGACGAUAAUGACAUCAGCAACAACACCAAUGACGAUGACGACAAUGUCAAACCAUCGCCCAAUGGAACAACAGGAGGAUCCCGUCCCCUGUACAUGUCAUCGACAACACCUCAACUCUCAUAUUUGGAUCGCUCUUGGAAGCGAUCACGAAGCACACAGCAAACACAAAGUCGACCUGUUUCCCCUCCUUAAGGGGCGCUAGCUAGCUUGUUUGUACGUGGACAUGUCGUGCCCGGUCUCCGUGAACUCGCUACAAUAUUCUAUGUCUGGGGAUGAAAAAGUUUCGUGAUUGUUGUGUGGUGAUUGUCUUUCUAGUGGAAGUGAUCGAGUGUCUGUAGUCAGAACGAAGGAAGAGGCUCUAGCUAGCUUGGUGUCCUUGCAACGUCUUUUAGUACCGUACUCUAGUUGCUAUCUUAUCAUAAAACACUCUUUCUUUAGCGUUGUUCUUUGUUGCCAAGCUACCGUACCGUAGCUGCAUUUUAUGUACAGUGGUGGCUAGGCAGAUACCGUACCAACCCCUUCAGGCAUUGACUUGUUGAAACGACCAUUCACUCUCAUCUUUCGAGAAGGUAUCUACUUGCCGAUAGUUUUCCUUUAAAUUCAGGUAAUCCACAUGAUGAGGAAACAGAAGCAUCAGGAGAAAGUUGUCGGGAGGAGGCAAUGGCUUUCCAGCAGACGCAUCUCGUCCUCCAGCAGGUGCACUCUCGUCAUUCGUUGCUGUCGUUUUUGUCGUGGGUGCUCCGGGUACAUUUUGGUCAAAAAAGCUUUCUCGUGCUGGAUCACUGAGAUUCCCCCAUAGCUCUUUACGAGCUUUGCUUAGUUCUGGAUCGUCUCCAUCAUUUUGACCGCCCACGUACAAGAGUUUGCCACGCAUCCGAUACUGUUCGCUGGAUUUGGCAAACCACCAGACAAUCUCUCCUGCUGGGGACUCUUGGACCUUGCGAGACCGUGCAUCGGUGCACAUUUUCAGGACAGUCGACAAGUCGUCGCAAGCACCACUGUUGUUCUUGUGGUCAGCUGGAAAUUUUUGAAAGCCCCGAAAGACCACCGUACGGCACCGUGGUUCCAUGGCUUCCAAAUCUACGGUGGCAAGUUGUACAUAGUUGGAUCCUCGAAUUUUUCGGGAUCGGGCCAUGGAAAUCUCGAUUAACGAUCUCCAGGAUUUUUGGCCCAAUUCUGGAUCCUUAUCUUUUGUGUCUUGUUGUUGCAAGUCUCGGGUAUGAGUUGUCUCGUCGGAUGCCUCCGCGGCAGUUGUGGGAGAAUUGGACAUUUUGGCUUCACAGAAAUUUUGGCCAGCUGAAGACGUGGACAGCGAGAGGGGUAUCCUGGAAAAAGCAGUGAGGCCAAAGACUCCAAUGUUUCGAGUCAAUGCACUGCUUGUGAUGCUGAAAUAUAACAUUAGGAGCCGUCUCAACAGCAUCAUGGUGUCCACAAAACAAUAAGAAAAAACUUUUGAAACUUGACACAAAAGUACGUGUUCCAGAAACAAGCCAGCUAGGAUAAUUGAAGGCACCGAAGCACAUCUUUGCA